UAUAUAUAUAUAUAUAAAAUUUAGUUUUGGGUUAAUAUUAAAUUAAUUUGAGUGUUUAGUUGUUAAAUAAUUUAAUGGAUCAUUUGAAUGUGAAUUUGAUGUUAGUAGGUCGGACAGGAGAUGGAAAAAGUGCAAGUGGGAACACUAUUCUUGGGAGGAAGGCAUUCAAGUCAAGGCCAAGUUCAUCAUCCGUUACAAAAGUUUCUGAGUUACAAAAUGGUGCUUGGGAAGGGGGCCAAAUCGUAAAUGUCAUCGACACCCCGGGAGUCUUUGAUUUAUCCCUUGGAGUAGACUAUGCAGCAAGGGAAAUAGUGAGAUGCAUUAACAUGACAAAGGAAGGUAUUCAUGCUAUUGUAAUUGUUUUCUCCGUAAGGAAUCGAUUUUCUCGAGAAGAAGAAUCGAUCGUUCGAACCUUACAAGUAUUAUUCGGAACGAAAAUUAUAGACUACAGCAUUCUCCUCUUCACCGGAGGUGAUGAUCUCGAAGAAGAUGACAACACCCUAGAAUACUACUUAACACAUGAUUCUCCUGAUUCCUUAAAGGACAUCGUAGCAUCUUGCAAAAACCGUUGCGUACUUUUCGAUAACAAGACCACAAGUGAAUCGAAAAAAUCUGAACAAAUGGGGAAGUUGAUGGGGAUGGUGAAUGAGGUAAAGAAGGGAAAUGGAGGACAACCUUACAUGCAUGACUUAUGUUCUACUAUGACAGUUGAAGCAAAGUUAAAAGAGGUUAAGACCAAACUUGAAAAACAAUUGGAAGAAGACGAAAAGGAAGCAAGAAUUAUAGGUGAAAAGAGAGGGGAAGAGAAUGUAAAGGAAAGAAGUGGGAACCUUGAAAAUCAAUUGGCAAAAGCAAGAGAAGAAAGGGUAAAAGCAGAGAAUAGAGCACAAGAGAUUCAACAACAAUAUAAUGAGGAAAUUAGGAGGCUCAGUCACCAACUACAAAGUGCACUUCAAUGAAAGAUUAUUAUGAUUGUGUGUUAAUUAAUAUAUGAAUGUAUAUGCGUAUGAAUAAAAGUUAUUGCAUAUGGCAUGCAGCUACAUAUGCUGGUGUGUUAUUACUAAGAUUGUAGUAUUGGCAAUAAUAAUAAGAAUUCAAAUUGUUGCAA